CCGAGGGGUGGUGCGGGAAGCGGGGAAGACCGGUACCAGACGCCGUUGUCGGGCGCGAUUGUUUGGCAAGUUGAGGCUGGGUUUUGCACGACCGCCAGCAAGAUGCCGAGCGAUGACAAAUCUGCAGACCAUAGGCGGAUCAACAAGCCGAUCAUGGAGAAGCGUCGACGCGCGCGCAUCAACGACAGUUUGACGCAGCUGAAGAGCCUGGUGCUGGAGGGGCUGAAGAAGGACCCGGCGCGCCACUCGAAGUUGGAAAAAGCCGACAUCCUGGAGAUGGCCGUCAAGCACCUGCGUUCGCUACAGACAAGGCCGGGCACCACGCAGGCGCUCUACCGGGAGGGCUACGCCGAGUGUGGCCGCGCCGUGGCUGAGUUCCUCAGCCGCGAGCGCGGCCUGGACGGCCAGCAGGCGCUGGGCCCCACAGCUACGGUGCGCCGCUCGAAGGCCGUAUGCUGA